GGGCGGUGGAGGGCGGUGGAGGGCGGUGGAGGCCUGGGGUCGCGGGGCCUGAUCUCGGCGUACUCUCUUGCACGUCGGGCCCAGGUCAGCCAUGGAGAGCGGAGGGCGGCCGUCGCUGGUCCAGUUCAUCCUUCUGGGCAGCAGCUCCGUCGUCACCGCCGUCCUCUACUCCGUGUACCGGCAGAAGGCCCGGGACGCCCAAGAGCUCAAGGGAGCUAAAAGAAUCCACUUGGGUGAAGACUUGAAGAGUAUCCUUUCAGAAGCUCCAGGAAAAUGUGUGCCUUAUGCUGUCAUCGAAGGAGCUGUUCGGGCUGUUAAAGAAACACUCAACAGCCAGUUUGUGGAAAACUGCAAGGGGGUGAUUCAGCGGUUGACACUUCAGGAGCACAAGAUGGUGUGGAACCGAACAACCCACCUUUGGAAUGACUAUUCAAAGAUCAUCCACCAGAGGACCAACACGGUGCCCUUUGACCUGGUACCCCAUGAGGACGGCGUGGAUGUGGCCGUGCGAGUGCUGAAACCCCUGGACUCCAUGGACCUGGGCCUGGACACUGUGUACGAGAAGUUCCACCCCUCCGUCCAGUCCUUCACGGAUGUCAUCGGCCACUACAUCAGCGGCGAGCGGCCCAAAGGCAUCCAGGAGACCGAGGAGAUGCUGAAGGUCGGGGCCACCCUCACCGGGGUGGGCGAACUGGUUCUGGACAACAAUUCCGUCCGCCUGCAGCCCCCCAAGCAGGGCAUGCAGUACUACCUAAGCAGCCAGGACUUUGAGAGCCUGCUGCAGAGGCAGGAGUCGAGCGUCAGGCUCUGGAAGGUCCUGAUGCUGGUUUUUGGCUUCGCCACGUGUGCUACCCUCUUCUUCAUCCUCCGAAAGCAGUACCUGCAGUGGCAGGAGCGCCUGCGCCUCAGGCAGAUGGAGAAGGAGUUCCGGGAGCGGGAGGCCCAGCUGCUGAGCCAAGCCAGGCCCGAGGACAGGGAGAGUCUAAAGAGCACCUGUGUCGUGUGCCUGAGCAACACCAAGUCUUGCGCCUUCCUGGAGUGUGGGCACGUGUGUUCCUGCACCGAGUGCUACCGCUCCUUGCCGGAGCCCAAGAGGUGCCCCAUCUGCCGGCAGGAUAUCGUCCGGGUGAUUCCCUUGUACAACAGCUAACAGUCUCGCAGCCCCACAGUUACACAUGAAAGGCGCCCUCCCCUUUUCAGGGUUUUUUAUCGCGAGGCCUUAGAAGGGCAGUGGUGGGGUAGCUGAGGGAUUGAGGGUGGGGGGUGGGGAUCUCUCCAGACCUCACCUCCAGCCAUAGAAUUCUGCCUUUCCACGUGAGAGGGGACCCCUUCUGGCACAACAGGACACUCCGAGCCCUACUCAAGAACCCAGCAAGUGUGCGUCUGACCGCGGACGCCUCAUUGCUUAAGCGCCAAAGCUGGUGACCUUCAGCUCUUUUGUUCCUGUGUCUUUGGGUCCUUUCUGGUGAAUUGUGGGUUCUUGUGGACUCGAGCCUGAAAUGACUUGGCCGGAGGAGGGGGCAAAGGUGGGCUCUCUGUGGUGUGUGCCUUGCAGAGCUGCCUCUGAAGAGACUGUCCUAGUCUUUCUUCCCUUUGCCUACGCCCAGGGAGAAAUUGUCAGCCUGGAUGUGUCCCUUGUGUCCCCUUCCCUUUACCUGCUUGCCUCCUAAGUGUGUGCACGUGUAUGUCAGGACAGAAAGUGAAACCCAGCAUUUGCCUUCUACUGAAAAGGGUGGAACUCUGACGAGCAGAACGAAGAGUGGUCACUUGAAGGGACAGUUGGAGUGGCGGUCAGUUCGGUGGUCCCUAGCGGUAGCAGAGACAGGGCAGCUCGGCUGAAGCCCUCCUGGUGUCUCGCUGCCCUGACAGGAGGACCACCAGAGCAGGCCUCGCCCCGGUCGGGACCUGUGAGGCCUGAGGGGGCUGAUGGGUGGCCCUGGUUUCCCGCCCGAAGUGAGCUGGGAAGGGCCCGCGUCCCACUGGAAGCAAUAAGGGCACCGCUGCCCCGGCCUCCCGCCAUCUCAGCUUCUCUCCAAGGCGCCUGCCGAGGAAAAGCCACCAGCCAGCACCCUGCACACACGGCAUUGCCAGGCCUCCCGCUGCCCCAGUGGAAAGUUGACAUGGCGGCGGGGGGGACCCCAUCACCCCUUCCUUCGUUACUGUUCACCCCUCACCUGCCCCGCUUGAGUCUGAGUGUGCGAUGGGGAACCCCGCCUGCCACUUGAGCAGUCUUAUCUUCCCUGGCCUUGAAUGUCCACUCUCUCCUGACCCUCCUCGGUGCUGGGGAGGUGGGGUGCUCUCAGGGGGCCGACACCAGCUCUGUGCUGUGUCCAGCGCGGACAGCACAAAAUAAACUUGCUGCGAC